GAAUAGUGUCGAAAUCAAAACCCGGAAGUCUUGUGUGACCCGGAAGUAAAGGAUCUUUGUUGACAUGUUUGUUGACAUGUGGCAGUUUUCGAUCUACGGACGUCUUUCACAACAUUGACAACAAGGUUAAUGCAUUGACUGUCGCCAGUUGCACUAUGAGCCCUAGUGGGAUCCAGGUGAACAAGCUCUGCAUCGUGCUAAUCGCAGGAGUGUUUGCGGGCGUGCUGGUUAUCUACCGCUUGUGGCCUGGAGACUCCAGUAAGGGGGACACCAAGCUGACUGAGCCAGUAGAAGAACAGAAGAUGGCAGCGGGGAAGGAGGAGUCGAAGGCGGCGUCCUGGUACACCGAGUUUGUUGACAUCCCAGCAGACCUCCUCAGUGGUGGUGGUGAUGACCAAGUGAAGGAGGUCGUAGUCCAGGUCACGUUGAAUGGCAAGUCACUGAAAAUAUUCACAAGGCAAGCAAACCCCAAAGGAAGUGAAACACAUCUUGAUGUUCUGUUUCUUCAUGGCCAAGCCUUCACUUCCAAAAACUGGUUGGAUAUUGGCACCCUCAACCUGGUGGCGAGAUGUGGCCAUCGAGCAGUGGCUGUCGACUUACCAGGCUAUGGAAAAACUACAGAUGGCGUUGAUAGCCCCUCAAAAGGAGCUUUUAUUGGUGCGUUGGUUAAAGCCUUGAAGAUGACCCGUCCCGUGGUGGUCAGCCCCUCAAUGAGUGGCAGCUUCUCCCUGCCAUUUCUGUUUGACCAGCCGGAGACAGCUGAAGACAGGAGUCGUGGAUACCUACCUGUUGCACCGGUGGCCACAAGUACAUACACCCAGGUGUACAGUAAGAGCAAGAUUCCAACCAUGAUAGUUUAUGGUGAAAAAGAUGAAUCUUUAGGAGCAACAAGCCUAAAAAACCUGAUCAAACUUCCUAACAGCAAGCCGUUUGUUGUCCCCGAUGCAGGACACCCAGCCUACAUCAACAACCCAACAUUCUUCCACAGACUGCUGUACAAUUUCCUAAAGAUUAUUGCUGCUCACAAGUGAACAAUGUAAUCAUGAGGGAAUGGUCUUAUGUUUUGUUAAAGUGUGAAUUGAAUAUAUGAGACAGGGAGGGGACAAGACUCAGGCAUAGAUACAAGCAUACAUGCACCGGCAUACUUCCAAGCAUACAUGCACAGGCAUACUUCCAAGCAUACAUGCACAAGCAUACUUCCAAGCAUACAUGCACAGGCAUACUUCCAAACAUACAUGCACAGGCAUACUUCCAAACAUACAUGCACAGGCAUACUUCCAAGCAUACAUGCACAGGCAUACUUCCAAGCAUACAUGCACUGGCAUACUUCCAAGCAUACAUGCACAGGCAUACUUCCAAGCAUACAUGCACAGGCAUACUUCCAAGCAUACAUGCACAGGCAUACUUCCAAACAUACAUGCACAGGCAUACUUCCAAGCAUACAUGCACCGGCAUACUUCCAAGCAUACAUGCACAGGCAUACUUCCAAACAUACAUGCACAGGCAUACUUCCAAGCAUACAUGCACCGGCAUACUUCCAAGCAUACAUGCACAGGCAUACUUCCAAGCAUACAUGCACAAGCAUACUUCCAAGCAUACAUGCACAGGCAUACUUCCAAGCAUACAUGCACAGGCAUACUUCCAAGCAUACAUGCACAGGCAUACUUCCAAGCAUACAUGCACCGGCAUACUUCCAAGCAUACAUGCACAGGCAUACUUACAGGCAUACCCGCACAGGCAUACUUCCAAGCAUACAUGCACAGGCAUACUUCCAAGCAUACAUGCACCGGCAUACUUCCAAGCAUACAUGCACAGGCAUACUUCCAAGCAUACAUGCACAGGCAUACUUCCAAGCAUACAUGCACCGGCAUACUUCCAAGCAUACAUGCACAGGCAUACUUCCAAGCAUACAUGCACAGGUAUACAUACAUAGCAGACUUAACAGGCACAGCUGCACAGGCGUACCUACAUAGGCACAUUUAUGUAGGCAUACCUGCACAGGCACUUUUAUGUAGGCAUGCCUGUACAGGUAUAUUUACGUAGGCAUACCCUCACAGGCACAUUUACGUAGGCAUACCUGCACAGGCACAUUUACAUAAGCAUACCUGCACACACAUUUACGUAGGCAUACCUGCACACACAUUUACGUAGGCGUACCUGCACACACAUUUAUGUAGGCGUACCUGUACAGGCACAAUUAUGUAGGCAUACUUGCACAGGCACAUUUACGUAGGCAUACCUGCACAGGCACAUUUACGUAGGCAGAUUUACGUAGGCAUACCUGCACAGGUACAUUUACGUAGGCACAACUGAUUACCUGCACAGGAAUAUUUACACAGACAACCUGCACGGGAACAUUUGGGAUCACUGUCUCUUGAUCCUUUCAAGAAGAGAUUGGUCUGGGUCUGGGUCUACGAGUAUGCUUGAACCAAAUCCCUGUUUAGGGGAAAUAUGAGUUAUUUGCACCUAGUUUUAUUCAGAAGGUUAGCAAACAUGGUAAGAGGUGGUAAGGUCGGAUUAUUUGUUGUUGAUCAUUUUGUGGUUGUUUACUGGGGAAUAUGAGUGUAUGUUGGAUCUCUUUCUUCUUCUUAUCAAUGAAUCCAGUAGAAAGUUGUACAGCUUGUACUGAGAGGUGUUUGGGCCAGUCACGCUACUGGAAGCACAACAUAUUGGCUGGGCCUUGUGGAAAGAAAUUCAAUAAUCAAAUCCCAGACUUGUGUGCGUUCACAGGUUUACAAUGUUUCUUCUGUUUUAUUGAACAUUUUAAUCACCUUUAAUUUAUGUUUUUGUCAGUUGAUAUUGUAUUAAGAGUGACAAAUAAUGUUCCUAUUUAUUUUGGUAUCUUCAUUAUGAUUCAGACAGUCAUAAAUACUGUUAUUUAUUUCAUUUACUGUUUCGUAAAUCCACAUACAUAACUGCUUGUAGUGUGAAAGAUUGGUUUGUGUAUGCUGUAGAGCCCUACACUGGACACAGUCAAGUCUGCUGCAGUAGCUCAAGUUUGACACAUGGUGUUUGUCUCCUCAGCUGUGUGAUACGAUGUACCUGCAGACAACAGUAACCAUGGUAACAUGAUCAUGUUCUUGUUUACCACAUUGGGAGGUUUAACAAUCACCUAACCUCUCUCUUCAUGUAAGGAUGUUGUGUAUUCUGGGCUUAAUCUGGGCUUCAUCAUGGCAAUGACAUUGGAAAUAUUUUAAAUUAUUUUAGAUUACAAAUUACAUAAAACUCUGCUAAGCUAAUUCUGUUUCCUAUAUUCAAGUUAUGGCUUUGUAUCCGGUUCUUCUCUUUCCUUGUUACCUCUGAGUUCUAGUGGAUAGAAUGUCUGCCUGGACAGCUGAUAGUCCAGGGUGCGAUCCCCGGCAGCAUCAUAGAUCUUUAAAGAUGGUAGUUGUUGUUACCCUGCCUGGCGCUAGGCAAUCGGUGGAUAAAACAAGGAUUGGUCAGCUCAGAGUCAGUAUGCUGUGUUUGAGUGGGUUAUCCAUGUUAAAACAUGUAUGUACCUUGCUAAACAAGUGCAAUGAUGUUUAACCUAGUCCACCUCACAUCUUUUCUUAUUAGAGAUGAACAACAGUUUCUAAGAUACAGAACAGUUGAGGUGCAACUUUCUUGUUGACCUGCAUUAAAGCAAUGUUUACACAGCAACCCGGGACAUCUUGACCUGUGUUUGUGGUGUUCACAGUUAAAUGUCUGAUCAAUCUGUAAAGGUCUAUAGUGGAUAUUUUUACAUUUAUUAUGAAUUUUCGGUUAUCAAUAAAUUUAUAUGAUCAUG